UUUGUAAAAAGUAAUAAAAAUAAGAAUUUAUUAUUGUAUGGUGGCUUUUUGCAUCGUGAAGAUAGAAAACAAAAUAACACAAUAUAUUGGCGUUGCGUAGAAAGUUCAUGUAAAGGUAGAAUAAUUACGAUAAACGUAGAAAUAAAAGUCAACCUAAGGAAAACUCACAUAAUCAUGUUCCCGAUCCAUGUAAAAUCCAAUGCAAAAUGGCUGUGAAUAAGAUAAAAGAAGCGGCUGUUCAUACACAAAAUACUCCACAUGAUAUAAUCAGUACUGUUCAAAUAGUACCUGGAGUAGCCGGUGCAAUUCCUUCAGUUCAUCAUUUAAAACACACUAUACGAAGAGUUCGGACACGUAACCAAUGCGCACCACCUAUUCCGAAAACAGUGAGUGACCUUAAAAUUGCUGAUGAGUAUACUAAAACAAUAAAAGGAGAACAAUUUUUAAUAUUUUACAGUGGAGCAUCACAAGAUCGAAUUUUAAUAUUUUCGACCGAAAAUAAUUUAAAAUUAAUGGAUCAAUCAACUAACUGGUUAGUCGAUGGGACUUUUAAAACGGUACCUUCACUUUUUUAUCAGUUAUUCACUAUUCAUGUACUUAUUCAACAAGGUGACCAAACAGUUAGUCCUACCAUUUAUGCAUUAUUAACCGAUAAAUCUCAAUCAACAUAUACACGUUUUCUUAAAUAUUUAUUAGAAAUAAAACCAUCUUUAAAUCCUACAUCGGUAAUAAUGGACUUUGAACAUGCCUCAAUCAAUGCAUUCAAAAUUGUUUUUCCACACGCUGAACAACAAGGUUGUUUUUUUCAUUUUUCUAAAUGUAUGUGGCGACAAAUUCAAAAUGUUGGUCUAGUCGAAAAUUAUAUUAAUAAUGCUAACUUUGCUCUUCAUAUUCGUAUGUUAGCUGCUUUGGCCUAUGUUCCACCAGAUAACGUUAUUAAUGCAUACGAAGAAAUUUUAGAAACACAAUUUUAUGUUGAAAAUGAAGACCUGGUAAUGCCAUUCUUGGAUUAUUUCGAGGAUAACUGGGUAGGAAAAAUAACAGGAAGACGAAAAACUCGACGACAACCAAGACAUCCUAUUGAUAUUUGGAAUUGUCACUAUUCAGCCAAAAAUGGUCUUCCAACAACAAACAACGCUGUUGAAGGAUGGCACAGAGGAUUUACAUCUGUUAUUGGAGCAAGCCACCCUAAUAUAUGGAAAUUCAUGGAUGGAAUUAAGAAAGUUCAAAACAUAGAAGAAUUAAAACGAGAGCAGUAUAAUGCUGGAGAACAACCACAGAAAAAAAAAAAAGUACAAGGACUGUAAUAAAAGAAUUCAUGCAUUAGUUACAAAUUAUAAUACUAAUGAGAAUAAGAACUUCAUAAAAGGUAUAGCAUAUAAUUUGUCACUGAAUGCCUAGAUAUAAUUAUAAUUAAGUUGAAUAUAAUUAUUUUAUUUAAAAUUAUUAUUAUUACUACUAUAAGUACUUAUUAUUAGAACUUAACGAUAUUAUAAUUAUAAUGAAUGUAAUUUAAUCUCAUUUAUAAACUAUUUUUAUCCAUUUUUUAUUGUAAUAAAUAUGUUUGAUUUUCGCUAUUAUGUAUUUUCGCUUUUUUUUAUAAUUCGCUAUUUUUAUUUUCGCUAUUAUCAAUUCGCGAUUUUUACAUUCGCGGUAAUUGUUUCGCUAUUUUGGCCGGAUACCGAAUAAUAUACGUGUCAGAUUAGAGUAUUUAUUGCAAAAAAAAUCUUCUUAAUACAUAAUAUAUUAUUUAAUAAUAAUCUUAAUAUGAACAACUAUAAAAUAUGUAUUGCUUGCUCAACUUUAGUCAAUAUUGACACACUAGUACACUACUGUAGACCUUUGUGAAUAGGUUUAGGUGUUUAAUUUACUUAAAACUAAUCGGAAUAUAUUGAAAAUGUUAUCGUUUCUGGUCACAAAAAUAAAUAAAUAAGCAAAUAAUAACAUUCACCAUAGUGACGAACAGUUUAAAGUCACAAUAAAUAACAUAUUUUGUAAUAGUAUAUAAAUAACAUAGGUAAUUUUUAUUUUUCGCUUAACAAAAUUUAACAAAUAACAAUUUUUAUUUAUAAAAAUGUCGAAUUUAUUCAAAACAUCCUAUUUAAGGCAAAACAUCCUUGCUAAUCAAGUAAGUGUGCUUGUUUUAAAAAUAAUGUGCUAUGUAACAGUAUAUGUCAUAAUCAAUCGUCAUGUAAAAAUAAAUAAUAAGGAAGAAAAAUGUAUAGGUAUAGUUCAUUAAUUAUUGUUUAAUUCAAUAAAUUAAUAAUUUUGUUAAUAAAACAAUAUACGAAAUGUAAGUAGUUUAUUAUAGUUAAUUUCAUGAGUGUUUUAUAAUUCUUUAUAAGUAACACUGUUGUUAUAGUUUAUUAAAAAUAUAAUGUAAUAUAAUAUAAUUUAUUGUCUAUAAUCAUUGUUGUAUUUUUUUUUUAGAACAAUAUAGAAAAUAAUACCUA